CCUUAUGCAGUUGCAAUGAAGACACCAACAUUGUCAAACAUCAUCCGCAUCAGGUACCAUUGUCACCCAGUUCCGAGGAGGAUAAUUCAGUAACGGAAAUGAACAAUUGCCGGCGCUUGUUGGAUAAACCGCCAUUGGUAAAACGUCUCACCAUGGGUAUGGGCUUGAAAAGAUCCACCGAAGAUAGUCGGCCCCUGGUCCAUAGCACACCUCCGUCUCUCAAUUCGUAUAGCGCACAAACCUUUUCCGAUGGCUAUGUAAAUGAAGCAAUUUGUGAUCCUGAUAAAUUUAUCUCAACACGAUUUGGUGAUUCGUGUCGCCAAUCAUUAACCGAUCUAAAAAGUUCGCAAUGUUUUGCCGAAUCGAAUUCAGAAUUUGGCUAUCAAAAAUCAUUUCUGAGGAAAACUUGUAGUGCCAACUCAAGUCCAAAAAUAAUAUCACCCAGUGGGACACUGCGCGUUGAGGGUUUAAGUCCAGCCGAGCAGAAAGAAUUAAAAGGUGCCCCCUGGUUUCAGGCAGGCAUACCGCGAGAAAUAUCCCUUGAGGUGUUAUCGAAACAGCCACCUGGCUCGUUUUUAGUUAGGCAAAGUAAUACAAAACCCGGCUGUUUUGCAUUGUCACUACGUGUACCUCCCCCAGCGCCCAAAGUAGCUCAUUAUUUGAUUUUGAAAACGGCCAAUGGUUAUAAAAUUAAGGGCUUCACCAAGGAAUUUUCAUCACUGCGUGCUCUGAUAACCCACCAUUCGGUAAUGCCAGAAUUAUUACCGGUGCCUUUAAAUCUACCCCGGCCCACAACGAAUAUGUCACAUGGCAGUCAUGCACGUGGUGAUCGGGGUGGCUUUGAGUCGGGACAAUUCGAUACAUAUGGUUCGUUAAAUGAUUUUCGUAAAAUGAUGGACGAAUUAAAUGUUUAA